AUGUCACGAUACGGCCCGGCACGGCCCCCGUUUUCCCUCGCUGGCCCUUUAAUGCGGCCCUUCAGCGACCUGCGCUCCGCCUUCCACGGCCUCGCGGGGCUCGGCUGCCUGGGCGCGCGCGUGCCCGACGAGCAGGCUGCUUGCAAUUUCAUCAAAUCUAAUGUAGACUCCAGCAGUGUUGAUUCCCUCUUCUACGCUGCACAGUCCAUCCGAGUCCUGUCUGGGUGUGAGGUUACCAUUUCAAAUGAGACAAGGGAGUUCCUCCUCGGAGCUGUCAGCGAGGAUUCUUCAGUCAGCCAGAUCUUCCAUGCAGUUGGGGCCCUCAGUGGCUUUGGCCUUCCCUUGGCCUCCCAGGAGGCACUUAGUGCCCUCACUGCUCGUCUUAGCAAAGAAGAGAGCGUGUUGGCAACCAUCCAGGCCUUGGAGACAGCAUCCUACUUGUCCCAGCAGGCAGAUCUAAGUGGCAUUGUUGAAGAGAUAGAGGAUCUUGUUGCUCGCCUGGAUGACUUGGGUGGAGUGUAUCUGCAGUUUGAAGAAGGAAUCGAGACUACUGCACUGUUUGUUGCUGCUGCCUAUAAGCUGUCUGACCAUGUGGGUACAGAACCAGCGAUGAAGGAGGAUCAAAUUAUCCAGUUGAUGAAUGCCAUUUUUAGCAAGAAGAAUUUUGAGACCCUCUCAGAGGCAUAUAGUGUUGCUUGUGCUGCAGGUUCUUUAUCCCGAAACCGCUACCACUUGCCUGUCAUGAUUGUCCCUGAUGGACCCGCAGCUGUGUCUCACCAUCAGCCUGUGCUCAGGCUGCAAGUGACCGACGUUAUGUCUCAGCCGCUGACUCAAGCUUCUGUGAAGCUAGAGUAUGCCAAGUCUGCAUCUACCAAAGCCACUGUCCUUCAACAGACAGAAUUUGCUCUGUCAGGAGACAUCUUUGAGCUGAACUUCAUGAGUAUCAAACCUGCAAGUGGAUAUUAUGACUUCUCCAUCAGUGUUGAUGGUGAUAACCGAUUUAUUGCUAACAAAGUUGAGUUGAAAGUAAAAGUUUCCACAGAAGUUGGAAUUACAAACGUGGAUCUUUCUACUGUGGAUAAAGAUCAGAGCAUCGCACCAAAAACAACCAGGGUAGCCUAUCCAGCCAAAGCCAAGGGCUCAUUCACUGCUGACAGCCAUCAGAAUUUUGCUUUGUCCUUCCAGCUGGUAGAUGUGAACAGUGGAGCUGAACUCACCCCUCACCAGACUUUUGUCCGGCUUCACAACCAAAAGACUGGCCAAGAGGUAGUGUUUGUUGCAGAACCAGAUAGCAAGAACAUAUACAAGUUUGAACUGGACACUUCUGAGCGAAAGACAGAAUUUGACUCUGCCUCUGGUACCUAUACUCUUUACCUGAUCAUUGGAGAUGCCACCCUGGAAAAUCCAAUCCUGUGGAAUGUGGCUGAUGUUGUUAUCAAGUUUCCAGAAGAAGAUGCACCAUCCACAGUCCAGUCCAAGAACCUCUUUGUUCCCAAACCUGAAAUCCAGCAUCUGUUCAGGGAACCUGAGAAGAGGCCUCCUACUGUGGUAUCUAACACAUUCACAGCACUGAUUCUCUCCCCUUUGCUUUUGCUGCUCAUUCUGUGGAUAAAGAUUGGUGCCAACAUCUCCAAUUUCAGCUUUGCUCCGAGCACCAUCAUUUUUCACAUUGGUCACGCUGCAAUGUUGGGACUCAUGUACGUCUACUGGACUCAGCUCAACAUGUUCCAGACUCUGAAGUACUUGGCCAUUCUGGGUGGUGUCACGUUCCUGGCAGGCAACAGGAUGCUGGCCCAGAAGGCAGUGAAGCGGAUCGCUGCAGAGCAGAGCAGUAGGUUGGCAAAGUAUAGAACGCUGCGGUAAAAGGGGGUAUUGCUAGUGACCAGCUCUUCUAGAAGUAAG